AUGGUUCAUGUCGAGAAGAGUGAAGAUACCCUCACUGCUCAACUGAUCCCGGCCCUUGAAAAGGCGUACAGCGAGUCCAAAAUCCCAAUUCGAGGUCUUUUACUCACUAACCCGCAUAAUCCCUUUGGACAGUGUUAUCCAAAGUCUGUACUGGAGGACUGCAUCAAAUUCUGUCAUGGCAAAGGUAUUCAUUACAUUUCAGACGAGGUCUAUGCGCUCUCGUCAUUUGAGAAUCCUGAGAUCCCAGACGCUGCGCCUUUUGUGUCUGCACUCCAAAUCGAUGUAGCCGGGCUCGGCUGCGAUCUUUCGCGAGUUCACACCUUCUGGAGUACCAGUAAGGACUUUGGUUCAAAUGGAUUCCGGGUGGUUAGUACUCCGUUUGCCACUUGCUUUGAUUGUGGCCGUUGGUCUAACAGCUGGAUAGGGGUGCAGCGUAACCCAGGCGAAUAA